AUGCACCGAUCAACACCGGCCCUCCUCCUCGCCGUGCUGGGCAUGGCGUCCGCCUCCCCCUUCGCGAUCGUGCCCCGACAGGCCGACUUCUCGGGGAACCAGCAGGACGGCCUCUCGGGCCCCUGCCAGCCCACGAUGGUCAUCUUCGCCCGCGGAACCACCGAGCGCGGCAACGUCGGCACCCUCGCCGGCCCGCCAUUCUUCCAGGCCCUGUCGGCCCAGGUCGGUGGCGCCCUCGCCGUCCAGGGCGUCGAGUACCCCGCCAGCGUCCAAGGCUUCCUCGCCGGCGGCGACGCCAAGGGCUCCCAGACAAUGGCCACCCUCACCGAGCAGGCCAUCACAAAGUGCCCCAACUCGUCCAUCAUCAUGUCCGGCUAUUCCCAGGGCGGCCAGCUGGUGCACAACGCCGCGGCGAUGAUGUCCCAGUCCAUGGUGGCCAGCGUCGCUGGUGCCGUCAUCUUUGGCGACCCACUCAAUGGCCAGCCCGUCCAGGGCGUCCCCACCCAAAGGACCAUGGUCAUCUGCCACAACGGCGACAACAUCUGUGAGGGCGGCAGCCAGAUCCGCCGCGCCCACUUGACGUACGGCGACAACGCCGCCGAGGCCGCCCAGUUCGCCGCGUCCAUGACGCCGCCGUCUGCCGCCGCGGCGUAA